AAAAGGGUUCAGUGUAAUUGACUCAGCAUGUAUAUGCCCGUUAAGGGUGGGACUUGUAGUAAUUACCAUCACUACGUGACUAGGUACUAGGACCCCCUUUUCCUUUGUUCUUUCUUCCCAGUAGACCUUGUGGUCUGCAUCCAUGUCUUCAGAGUAUCCCUCUCACCUUCAUGUCUCUUUUGCACCAAAUGCAACGUCGUUCAAGCGGACGUUUGAACAAUUUGGCUAUGAUUCGGGCUCUCCAAUGACUAGCGCUCUUCAAGCCAGCGGGAGUGGCACAACAAACCAUAGCGUCCCGACAGGCUCCAGUAGCAACAGCGGUGGAAAUGAAAGAAACAAGAGGGCAAGGAGUACGAGCAGCUCCUCUGUCAGUAAUCGUUCUGCGGACUCUUCCAUGUCCUCCGAGUACAAUUCCGCGCGAUCGAGCGCCUCGCUGAGCGAGGGCUCUACUACCAACAACCAUAACCUCUCUCUUGACCAGAACAGGAGAUCAUCAGCUUAUCCAUCUCCCGCCACUGUUUCCACUCCGGGUACUUUGGUCUCACCAACGCCUGUGCCACCGAGCACCGAGACUGAACCUCAGGAUGAGGACAUGUCAGAUAGCUCUGUUUUUUCCUUGGACAUCUCACGCCCUGUACCUCCGCCAGAAGUAGUAUCUUCUACUGCACAUGACGCUCUUAGAAGCUCCAUAGAACGCUUCAACGAAUUUGAUAGCCACAUUGCAGUCCUCCGGCGUUCACACUCACGUACUCCGUCUUGGCACCCUACCGCAUCUCCCGUUCUGUCCCCACGCGAAUCGUCAAAUGAUACCACCGAAGCAUUUGACAGCUGGGACUGGACUCAUUUUGGAGCUUCACCGGGCUCAUCACACACAUCUGGGGAGGAUCGCCGUGGUCAAUAUUUCACCGAUGCAACUAUUUCCAUUGGGUCUGGGGGUACACACGCUGCGGCUCCCAGACAGGUUGACUCGUUAUCUUUCCAAACAUCAGAUGGCUUAUCAUCACGUCCCGGCUAUACUACCUCAUCAAGUAACACCUCCAAUUCUACACGUUCUUCCAACACCCCUCAUCCUUCACACCGCCCAUCUCCAUCAAUCUCUUCAUCAACGAGGACGAACGCAUCUAUCCGAGAAUCUGACGAGUUUCCCAACGGAUCACUUACCACCGUACCGCAAGGUGUCCACCGUGGGUCAAGCUCUGGGCCAUCAAAUUUGUCAUGGGCUGCUCUUGCCUCUUCCCGUCCUUCACCGCCCGUUGCGUCGUCGCCCGAUGUAGUCGGCAGGCAAGGUGUUCAUCGUGUACCAAGUUCUGGCUCAUCCAAUUUGACAUGGGCUACUAUUACUCCCUCCCGUUCUUCACCGCCAGUUGCGUCAUUGCCAGGCGUAACUAUGCGUCCAGGACUCCUUGACAAUACAUUCGAGCCACCAAAUUCAGAUCUGGAUACUAGGCCGCAGGCCGCAAGACGUACUACCCAUUCAGAUGCCGGCUGGAGAUCCAUGAGCUCAGCGCGUACGUCAGCAGGCACUUCUGCGUCAUCCUCUGUGCUUGGAGACUCCAUCUCUCACUUCUACGCUGCUGACGAGGAACGACACCGGGAUGCCUCGAAUCCAAUCCAGGACCAUAACUCAUCGCCUUCUCGCUCGAUUGACAGAUACCAAGAGGCUGCUGUGCGCGCUAGAUCAGUUAUUGAACGCUCGCGUAACUUAGUUCGCCCUCUCUCCGAGGCUUUUUCUUCGUUUUCCAGAGAACAGGCAAUUGAAGAUUCUGACGAAGCAGAGUUGUCAUUUAACCGCUACUUAGCGGGUCUCGGUGGAGAGGACUCCAUUGAUCACGAGAGACGGCGCAGGGCGAUGGUUCACAACCGUUACGAUAUCACUGGCGAAAAUGAUGAAGAUGACGACGACCCCUCCCAUCCAGAUAGUGUGCAUGAGAUCAUUCAAGGUCUUCAUAAUGCCCGCGGGCUACUGGAGCGUGGCGUGGAAACUGCUCGUUCAUUGUCUGGGUCGCCUUCCCGACAUGAGCCGCCAAAUCCUCCCCCGGCUCGCUACCGCUUUCAUUCCCGCUUGUAUACCUCCGCUACAACACUGUCAAGCAACUCAUUGGUGUCAGAAAGUGCUGCAGAGCAUCGUCGUACCAACGCCAGGGCGCAUCUUCGCACCCAAUUGUCUGAUUCACGUCCCAACUCCGACGAGCCUGCUCGAGACAAUUCCGACAUUUCAACUGCCGCUGCUCGUUUGAGGCGUCUUAUAGCCAGCCAGGCAGACCCCUCAAACACAUCUUCCCACCCUUUGGCGUCUGGUCGAACAAGCGAUCUUCCUUCAAGACCGUUCGCAUUAAACAGUUCUGGGCCACCUUCUCAGUUUCGACGAGGAGGCUUGAACGAAUGGGAGAGAGUCCGAUUUCCAGAGAUUUUAUCCGAACACAGGCAUCCCCAGACAAGAAGUGCGAAUAACAGAUCUCUGUCAAGGGACCGCAACCACAUCUCUUCUGAAGACCAAGCUGACAGUAUCUUUGACCCUGUUUUCGCCACGAUCAACGCUAUCCCGAGUUCAACAAACUCAGUGGAGGGAAACGCGCAGCCACCGUAUGUUUAUCGUCCGCCCACGCCACCUCUUCACACUUUGCGUACUGCUCGCUCGCGUUCUCCACCACACAUGUUUUCGGAACGACCACAGGUGCCCAGCGGUGACACACCUGCGAGAUCUCAUCCUUUCAGCAGCGUUAACUUGGAUAUGUUCCCGCCUGGAAUAUACCGCGAUUCAUUGCGGCGGUCGAUACAAGCGAACCAAGGACGCAGUGAUUUCCGUGCGUCAGAACCAGAGCCUGUACCUCCUGCUCAUCAACUUUCCACUGCGUUUUCUUUCGGAAACUCGGAUGAAGAUAACGAUAGCGAUGACAUGGAUUCUUACUUGGGUAUAUCGGUGUGUCCCCCUUAAAACAAAUCACGUGAUGUAUUUAGUACUGACAUAUUUGUGCAGCCAAGGCGUGGAAGGGAACGCGCAGCCUCGAGUGCACGGUUUACAUCGAGGCAUAUGAUGCCAGAGCCUGCUGCUUCAGCAACAUCCUUGGCUUUUGGCGUCGACUCUCACAACACAUCCACGCAGGUCAAUAGCGCCUUCACUGCUGCACGGGGCCGCGUCCCUCCAUUGAGAGGACAGUCGAGCGACGAAC